AUGACGGUAUCUGGUAAUUCAAAUAUUUAUUUACUAGUAUAUGUUGAUAAUAUGCUUAUUGCUGCUAAUAGUAUGACAGGGAUAAAUGAUUUGAAGAAACUGCUAAGUAAGGAGUUUGACAUGAAAUAUUUAGGUGAAGCUAAUAAAAUCCUUGGAAUGGAGAUUCAUAGGAAGAACGGUGAGGUACAUCUCUUACAGAAAAAGUAUAUUGAGAAGGUAGUUCAGAGGUAUGGCAUGAAUAAAUGUAAACCCGUUACUUUAUCGUUAACACAACAUUUCAGACUUUUUUCUUUGAUGGCACCGCAAUCAAAGGAAAAGGUGGAGUACAUGUCAAAAGUUCCUUAUUGUAGUGCAGUUGGUAGCAUUAUGUAUGUUAUGGUUUGUACUGGGCCUGAUAUUACUCAAGCAGUGAGUGUGGUAAGUCGAUUCAUGUCUAAACCGGAUAAGAAAUAUUGGGAAGCAAUUAAGUGGAUAUUGAAAUAUCUUAAAGGUUCUUCGAAUGUUGGUCUAACUUUUUAUAGGAUGAGAAAUGAAGGCUUCUCGGUCCUUGGUUAUGUGGAUUCUGAUUUUGCAGGUGAUCUUGAUAGAAAGAGAUCAACAACGGGCUAUAUUUUUACUCUAAAAAGUAGUGCCAUAAGUUGGAAGGCAACUCUCCAGUCUAUAGUUGCUUUGUCCACAAUAGAAGCUGAAUAUAUGGCAGCAGGAGAAGCAAUAAAGGAGGCUAUAUGGUUGAACGGUUUGGUGUCAGAAUUGAGUAGGUUUCAACAUUAA